AUGGGCCUCAGUGCCGGAGGAGGAUCCUACGGCCGAGGCAUGAGCUCGUACAGCAUGUCGGGAGGAGCGGGAGGAGGUGGCAUCAGUGUCUCCCGGGCCAGCGGGAGCUUCUCUGCCGCCAGCGGUGGCGGAUACAGCGGCUUCGGCUCAGGUGGUGGUGGAGGCUUCGGCUCAGGUGGUGGUGGAGGCUUCGGCUCAGGUGGUGGUGGCGGCUUCGGCUCAGGUGGUGGUGGCGGAGGUGGGGCAGGCGACUGCUCCAUCGGCAACGAGAAGUUCGCCAUGCAGAACCUGAACGACCGCCUGGCCUCCUACCUGGACAAGGUGGCGAAGCUGGAGACCGCCAACAAGGAGCUGGAGCUCAAGAUCCGGCAGUUUGUGGAGAGCAAGGUCGGGCCCAGCACCAGUGACUACGGACACUUCUACGCCACCAUCGCAGAGCUGCAGGUCAAGAUCCAGGACGCCAUCUUGGCCAAAGGCUCGGUCCUGCUGAGCAUCGACAACUCCAAGCUUGCUCAGGACGACUUCAGACUCAAGUUCGAGAACGAGCUGUCGAUGCGCCGGUCGGUGGAGGCCGACAUCGCCGGGCUGAAGAUGCUGCUGGGAGAACUGGGCGUGGCCAAGAUCGACCUGACCAUGCAGAUCGAGACUCUGACCGAGGAGCAGCUGAACAUGAAGAACCACCACGAGGAGGACCUGCUGGGCAUGCGGACCCAGAUGAGCGGCCAGGUGAACGUGGAGGUGGACGCCGCUCCUCAGAACGACCUCAACAAGGUCAUAGAGGACAUAAGGGAGCACUACGAGUCCAUCACCGCCAAGACCAACAAAGAGCUGGAGGCCUGGUACCAGAGCAAGUCCGAGAUGCUCAGCCAGGAGGUGGCGACCGCAGAGGUGACGAUGAAAGCAACGACAUCGGAUGUGAAGGUUGUGAAGAGUCAACUUCAGGCUCUGCAGAUCGAGCUGCAGUCACAACUGAGCAUGAAAGCGUCUCUUGAAGCCCAGCUGGCUGAGAUCCAGAACCGCUACUCCAUGCAGCUCUCUGGGUACCAGAUGCAGGUGACCUCCAUGGAGGAGCAGUUGGUGCAGCUGAGGGCCGACCUGGAGAGGCAGGGGCAGGAGUACCAGAUGCUGCUGGACAUCAAGACCCGGCUGGAGAUGGAGAUCGCCGAGUACCGGAGGCUGCUGGACGGGGAGGCCUCCGGGUAA